CUUGGUAUGGCAAGUGCAUUGGAAACACUAUGUGGACAAGCAUAUGGAGCAAAACAAUAUGACAUGCUUGGAGUGUAUCUACAAAGAUCAUGGAUAGUAUUACUUUUCACAUCAAUUUUACUUCUUCCUCUUUACCUAUUUAUCGCUCCAAUUUUUGAAGCAUUAGGACAAGAAAAAGAAAUAGCAAAAGUAGCAGAAACAAUUUCACUUUGGUCAAUAGGUAUUAGUUUAUCAUAUAGUGUUUCAUCCACUUGCCAAACAUUCUUGCAAGCACAAAGCAAAAAUAUGAUUAUUGCUUACUUAGCUGCAUUUACUAUUGCAAUUCACCUUUUCAUGUCAUGGCUUUUGAUUGUUAAGUAUGAUUUUGGAUUAAAUGGUGCAAUGAUAUCAACAUUAUUGGGAUUAUGGUUACCAAAUUUUGGUCAACUAUUUUUUAUUAUGACUAAAUGUCAUGAUACUUGGAAAGGUUUCACACUUUUGGCAUUCAAAGAUCUUUGGCCUGUUGUCAAGCUUUCUGUCUCUUCUGGUGUUAUGUUGUGCCUUGAGACAUGGUACAAUGGAAUUUUGGUUCUUCUAACUGGAAACAUGGAAAAUGCUGAGGUUGUCCUUGGUGCUCUCUCCAUAUGCAUAAACAUCAGUGGAUGGGAAAUGAUGAUAUCCCUUGGCUUUUUUGCUGCAGCUUGUGUUAGGGUGUCCAAUGAGCUAGGAAGAGGGAAUUCAAGAGAUGCAAAAUUUUCCAUUGUGAUAACAACUCUCACAUCAUUUGCAAUUGGAUUGAUUCUUUUCUUUGUCUUUCUAUUCUUGAACAAAAGAAUUGCUUACAUUUUCACUUCAAAUCUUGAUGUGGCUCAUGCUGUUGGAGAUUUAUCACCUUUGCUUGCAUUUUCCAUCUUAUUGAAUAGUAUUCAACCUGUGCUCUCUGGAGUUGCUGUUGGAGCUGGAUGGCAAAGUAUUGUGGCAUAUGUAAACAUAGGUUGUUAUUACCUAAUUGGUAUUCCUGUUGGAGUUCUCAUUGGUAUCAUUUUCAAUUUGCAAGUCAAGGGUGUUUGGAUGGGUAUGUUGUUUGGAACAUUUGUUCAAACCGUAGUGCUUAUUAUCAUCACUUGUAAAACUGAUUGGAACAAACAGGUAGAGAUAGCCCAAAAGAACAUUGACAAAUGGUCUAAGAUCAAUACCCAAGAAUCAAAAGAUAGCAAAACAAAUUUCUAAGAGUUGUUUUUUCUCCUUUUAUUUUAAUCAUUUAUUCCGUCAAAGCACUCAAUCGAUAUAUCAUUAGUAAUUUUACAUUAUCAAUAAUUAUAAUUAAUAAAAAAUUCA